AUCGAAUUCGCAAUCUGCCAUCGCGGGCUGUUCGUCGUGGUGUUUUUUUCUUCUCGUUUCUGGAAGUGACUGUAGUGUUUGCUAUAAGGACGGUACCGACCGAGUCAGAAAAGUCGAUCCAUUCCGCUCGUGUGUGCGCGUUCAAAGUUUUUCCUCCCGUUUGGUCGGUUUCCCAGAACGUCUUUUAAGCAACCUGUACUGCCCACUUCCUGCCGGUGACUAGAAAAAAGCGAGGAUGCAGUGCACAAUUCGGCGUAUGGUCUCAGUGGCCGCCAAGGGCAACGCUACCAGCCUGCGGAACCAUGGAGCGAUCCUGGGAAUCCUCUUCGGACGCUACUACUCGACGACACACGAAGCCGACCUGGUGGUGAUCGGAUCCGGUCCGGGAGGAUAUGUGGCAUCCAUCAAGGCCGCUCAGAUGGGCAUGAAGACGGUAUGCAUCGAGAAGGAGCCCACCCUCGGAGGUACCUGUCUGAACGUCGGAUGCAUCCCUUCGAAAGCCCUUCUCAACAAUUCCCACUACUACCACAUGGCCCAUUCGGGUGAUCUGGCUGCCCGCGGUAUCAUGGUCGAUAACGUGCGACUGGAUCUGGAAGCGCUGAUGGGUCAGAAGUCGAAGGCUGUCAAGGCCUUGACCGGUGGUAUUGCCCAGCUUUUCAAGAAGAACAAGGUCACGCAUCUCAACGGCUGGGGAACCAUCACUGGACCGAACACUGUGGUGUCCAAGAUGGCUGACGGCAGCGAGGAGAUCGUUAAUACGAAAAACAUCAUGAUCGCUACCGGUUCGGAGGUCACGCCAUUCCCUGGCAUUGAUAUCGAUGAGGAAACGAUUGUUUCAUCGACGGGAGCUCUGAAACUGAAGGAGGUUCCUAAGCGAAUGGGUUUGAUCGGAGCAGGUGUCAUCGGUUUGGAGCUGGGUUCGGUGUGGGGUCGAUUGGGUGCGGAAGUAACUGCUAUCGAAUUCCUGUCCUCGAUCGGAGGUGCCGGUAUCGAUCAGGAAGUCAGUAAGGGCUUCCAGAAAAUUUUGACCAAACAAGGCUUCAAGUUCAUGUUGGGAACCAAGGUGAUGAGCGCCAGCAAAACUGGAAGUGGAGUUACCGUCAGCGUCGAAAGCGUUAAGGACGGUAGCAAACAAGAUCUGGAGUUCGACGUUUUGUUGGUGUCUGUUGGUCGCCGUCCUUUCACCGAAGGACUGGGUCUGGAAAAUGUUGGCAUCGUCAAGGAUGACCGAGGUCGUGUGCCGGUGAAUGAUCACUUCCAGACCAUUGUUCCCAAUAUCUAUGCCAUCGGCGAUUGCAUUCACGGACCGAUGUUGGCCCACAAAGCCGAAGACGAAGGUAUUAUCUGCGUCGAGGGAAUUCUCGGUGGACAUGUGCACAUCGAUUACAACUGCGUACCGAGUGUGGUUUAUACCCAUCCUGAGGUUGCAUGGGUUGGUAAAAACGAAGAGGAGCUGAAGAAGGAUGGCAUUGCGUACAAGGUUGGCAAAUUUCCGUUUGCAGCCAACUCCCGUGCCAAAACCAACAACGACACCGAUGGAUUCGUCAAGGUAUUGGCCGAUCAACAGACCGAUCGAGUGCUUGGAGUUCACAUCAUUGGCCCGGCCGCUGGUGAGCUGAUCAACGAGGCUGUCCUGGCCAUGGAAUACGGAGCUUCGGCUGAAGAUGUUGCCCGCGUUUGCCACGCCCAUCCAACCUGUGCCGAAGCCCUUCGGGAAGCGCACACGGCAGCCAGCUUCGGAAAGCCCAUUAAUUUCUAAUCUGUAAGGUUGUACCAUAAUGUUAAUAUAGAAGAAAGAAACAGCCGUUUAUCAGAUCUGGUCCAAAGGGUAAAAUUUUACACAGUAAGUGCUUAUGAAGCAAAAAGAUUUGUCAUUGUCAUCGUAAAAUUUCUCGUACCCUUUGAAGCAGCUUUAUAGAAGAAAAUCACCACCUAUCAUCCACAGUACGAAUAUCACUUGGCAUUGGCUAAUUGUGCUGUUUCGAACGAUUUACAAUUCAAAGUUGAAAGAAGAAAAUAAACGCUCUAUUGAACGAUUGUUAGCAAACUAACAAUCACCACUGACGGAUAUGAUCACAAUGAAGAAACGAAGAAACAGGUUACGCACGCAUCUUAUAACUCCAUUUCGACUGCAGAGCAGAGUAAAUUGUUUCAAACAAAAAUUGAACAACUUCACUGUUUUGUACCAAGAAGCGUAUGAACAUAAUUAAAUUAUUAAUUUAGAUACAAUCUA